AUGAGCAAUAUUAACACAACACCACCUCUUGUUAAUCUGAAUAAAAUUAACACAGUCCCAGAAGUUGAAAUACGGUUGCACGAGCCACUCAUUAUAAAACCGAAAUCUCGUAAAAAACGGAUAGGGUUACAUGUUUUAAACGCGUUAGCUAGACUAGAAGUUUUGUUGAGCAAAGAGGAAAUGCUUGCAAGUUCGGAAACUGGUGUGCAGAACUUGAAGCAGCAACAAUAUAACAAAACAGAGAUCGAAAAUACAGUUGCUGCCUUAGAACUUUCGACAUUGCAAUUUGAAGAAGAUGGAUUAGCAAAAAAGGAUCUUCAAACUUAUCUUAGAGAACUUGGCCUCACGUUGUUAUUCCCGAAAUCUGCGAAGCGAUUAGUUGUGCCAAAUUUUGCCUCGGGGAAAAUCGAUGCUUUGGCACAUUUCCAUGAGAUGAAUGUACAUAAUCAACUUGUUUCAAUUUCUUUACAACUUCAACAAGAUAUAAAACUCACCAAUCACAAAUACAUGGCACACCAACUCGCAUUGCUAUACCUCAGAAAACCCGAGACUUUCAACAGAGCAAAGAGAAUGCUGACGGUGGAUGUUGUUACUGAAGCUCUAUUUAGUGGAAGACCUGUUACCGCAAUGUCACAGCCUCUGGCGGCUUAUUUAAACAAUAUUAGUGAGGUGGCACCAAAAUGA